UAAUUUUUAAAAGGUUUGUUUUGUAAUGACUUUAUCACUUAUUGUAGAAGUGCGUUCUACUUGGUUUUUAAUUAUUUAUAAUAAGUUGUACUAUUAAUAAUAAGAUUAACUUUCCUAUUACUUCAAGAUUUACUUAAUUCGCCGUGGAACAGUAUCGUCCCAGUAAUCCUGGAAUCCCCAAUUAUUUUGUUAUUUAAGCAAUUCAUUUUUAAUAGAUUUGCUAAAAAAAAAAAAUAGGAUCAAAAUGAUAAGAUGAUUUUAAAUGUAACAAAACAAAAUUAUUCAAUUUAAAACUAACGUCCGAGUAUACUGGACAGUAUUUUUUGUCGGUAUUUUCAACUAACGCUUUUUGGGCACACUAUUUAACAGCUGUUUUGGCGUCCAUUCAUUUACAUUACUUGUUUUGAUUUGAAAUCAAACAAAACACCAAACUGGGAAAAUGUUGCAUCCUCAGGCCGUGCAAUCCAUACCUACGCUGCACCAACCACUGCACUCCAAGGUGUCAAAUUACUUGAACAACCAGCGGAGAACCGGACAGUUCUGCGACCUGCUCCUCGAACUGGAUUCAGAUGAUUCCCUCAGCUUGAGCGUCCAUUUCUGCGUGCUGGCUGCCCAGAGCCAGUUGAUCAACACCAACCAAAAGCAGCAGCAGUUCUCCAUUCACAAUCCGCUGAAGAUCACUAUCCGAAAUUUUAGUUGCACACAGUGCCUGCACACAAUUGUAGAUUUCUUCUACGAGGACAUUGUAUCCGUGUCCAAGGACCACGAGCCGCACUUCCGGGAGUUGGCGCAAAUCCUGGCUGUCACAGAAUUGCUCAAUCUCUACCAGUUGCAGCCUUCGGGCGAGGUCAAGGAAACAUUAGAGGACGCAGCUCCUGGAGAGGUGAAAGUAAAUCCAGAGCCUGCAAAGAAAGCGGAGGAUAUGUUUGAGAAUAGACAGAGUUACUUUAAGCUUAAGAACCCACGAGCUGUAAAGUCCAGCAGCAAGGUUAACUACUGCAUCGGCUGCGACUACAAGUGCUACCAGGUGCAAAAGAUGAUUGAGCACAUGGGGAGCUGUGAGCCCUCGCAUUUGACCUGCUCCUUGUGCGAAGUGGGCUUCUUGGACUGGCGGGAGUAUGACACGCACUUAAGGAGACACUCCGGUGAUCUGCGUAAGCCCUUCUUUUGCCUUCAAUGUGGAACUCGGUUCACCACCCGAGCUGCCCUGCUCGUCCACCAACCGAAACACUCCACGGAAACGCCGCACAUUUGUCCUCAUUGCGGCAAGGGGUUUAAGUGGAAACAGGGCCUCAGUAACCACAUUCUGGUUCACAAUCCCGAGAAGCAGAUGCUCUGCGACGUCUGCGGCUACAGCACCACCCACAUGAAGGCACUCAAGUCCCACAAACUGCUCCACACUGGGGAAUUCUUCGCCUGCACUGUUUCGGGCUGCAAACACCGGGCCAAUCGCAAGGAGAACCUUAAGCUGCACAUCGAAACCCACAAACAGGGCAGGGAUUUCAUCUGCGAGAUUUGCGGGUGCAAGUUCAGCCAGAGCAAGAACCUCAAGCGUCACGCUUUAAAGCAUACUGAGAAUGGUCCGAGUCGGUACAAGUGCCAGCUGUGUGGGUUUAGAAGUCAUCGGUCCGACAAAAUGAAAGAACACGUUCAGCGGGUUCACACGGAGAAAGCGGUGCAAUUGGAGCUCUCGGAGACGGUGGACAGUGCCUUUCCCGAUGACUUUGACCUCCCCGUGAUUGAGACUUUUUCGACGUCUAAGAAAAAAACAAAGGCAGUCAAAAACAAAGCCAAAAGGGAUACAAAUACCGAUAAGCGACUGAAAACUCUACUACCAAAGGAAACAAUUAAAUAGAAAUUCAGCAGAAACGAACAGUUGAUACUACCAAAAGAAGUUAAUGACAAGCGAAGAAACUUUUCAUACAAAUCAGUAUAUGGUAAACUAUGAUGGUAACUUCUGUAACCUUUUGUUAGAAGAGAAUCCUGCUGAAAAUAUCAAGUAUGGGACGCGUAACAUUCAUAAAAAAUAUGUAUAUUUUAUGUCACGUGCAAAGUGAUCACCUGUUGGUCUUUGACUAAAAGGGUAUACAUAUUUUUAGAAAAAAAUGUAACAGGUCGAAGGAAACACUUACGACCUCAUCUGCGGCGCUCACUUUUUCGCCGGCCAGCCUCGGAGGUCUUUUACACCAACCAGCCUACAUAUAUGGAGUGUCACCUUUACUGGUGGUAUAGACGUCGAGAUUUAAAUUUGUCACGCAUAUUGUUUAAUUGAGUAACGGGUAUCUUAUAGGGCACUCGGCUGUACCGUUCUCCCUUGUUUAAGUUCAAAAAGAAUCCAUCACGAACAAUCACAAAAAAUGUGCUACCAAUAAGUUGUAAACAAUGUUGUGCUACACUUAUUGUGGAAGGUUCUUGAACGAGUAAUGUUUGUGCCGAUCUAUCUUAUCAAAGAAGGUGAUAACGAACUAUUGCGUCGUUUCCAGAGCAAUAUUUUGAACGAAUACCUGCUAAAUG